CCGAGCUAGAUAUUUAAGAGUUUAGACUAUACCGUGGAUUACCGCCCUUUUUUCCUCUGCCUCUUUUCCCCUGCUCUACAUAUUUCCUAUUAUACGCAAUUAUUUGACCUUGUUUACUGGAGUAGUUGCUCUUUGGUGUGUUUUCAUCACAUACUUUCCUCACAAUUGCAUUGGGGGAAAAUAUGUAUGUACGAACCACGAUAGCUAGGUUAUCUUCCUCUUCGCGAUCUCGCCAUCGGGUUAGCCCUUUCAUCCGUUUAAGGGCAUGGUGGCUUGGUUUAGACAACGCUGAACUCUUAGCACGCUAUGGUGAGCGUGGCUUUCUACGAACGAUUUGGAUGGAAUGGAGCUCCACGCUUGUGAUUAUGGGAUGCGUGAUAUCCUUUAUGGUAGGUCGUUUUCAAUCUGGACGAUCUAACGAGAUACUAGAAAAUAUCGAAUUCAACAGACAGCGAUAUUACAAACGAGAUUUCUCUCCACCUUACACAGUGGGAGCCCCGGAUGCAGUUUAUGACGGGGUUAGGGGAUACUGCUAUAUUGACGAUGUCAGUGGGCUAAGGAUAAACUCUGAUAAUCGUAUUGUAUCCCAUGAAACUAGGGAGGAACUUAAGAAACGAGUCGAUCAAGUGGAGAUCACACCGUCGAUGGUACGGGAUGCUCAACAGCUACUUAGCAGUCCACGCUACCAACGUUCGUUGAAUUCGCAGUGAGAUUCUAAGUGAAAGUCUUUUCUUUUAUUAGCCUUAACUAGAGUCAUAUCGAAGCAAUUUUACGAUGGAAAAUAAAUCAUCAGCGAGACGUGUCUUGUAAUGUUUCCUUCUUUUUAUUAUUGUCUUUGCUUUACUGAUGCUAUUUUUAUCUCAUUACAAUCAAAAA